UCGGGGAUUGGAUGAUACAGUUUCCCUAACAUCUCGUAGUAGAGAGGUUUCUGGGUUCAGAGGAGGUGGUGGAGGGCCUGCUUAUGGUCCCCCACCAUCACUUCAUGCACGAGAAGGACGUUAUGAGCGGAGACUUGAUGGGUAAGUUCCAAGGUUUCUGUAGGCAGGUAUUUUGUAUUUCAUGUGGUGAGAAACAGAAACUCAUAUUUAGGGGCCCCAGAUGGAUUUUAAAGUUUUGGGCAUUUUCAAUGUUUCCUGUUUUGGGUUGGAAACGGAAGUGAUUUCUACCCCAGUGGCUGGUAUCUUGUGGAAUCGUAGAGGAUGUGUUCUGCAGCAGAUUGGAUAUCUACUCCUGAGAUACAAAGUGGUUGAAGAGUUCCUAUGGCAGCUGCAUUCCUGGAGUUACCUGUCUUCUAGAAUUGUAUCCCUUCUUUUGGAUAAUCUCAAGACCGUCCUUGGAUAUAUUCCUUCUUCCAGUUGGAGCUAUUUGGCUACAGGUUUUAUCUUCGGGCUAUGUGGAAUAUUGCCGGAGUAUUAGAACCUGCAGAUUCUUUUAGAAGUUGAAUCGUGUCUGUUGGUUUUCACUACAUAAAGUCUACAAAUAAAUUGGAUUGUCACAAAAUAUGUAGCAGCCCUUAAUGAUUCAACCAUUUGGAUUCUACAAACAAUGCGUGAACAUGGAAACGUGUGCUCGGAUGAGGAAGACAAAGGCAGGGCUUGAUCGUUCCAUUUUGGAUCUACACACUUUCUGUGUUGGAAUUUACAUGCCUUGAUGGAAUGGGGGAAAUUAAGAUGAUGGACAUUCAUAAAUGCUGGAAUAUAGCCCUCCUUUUCUAAGUGCUGGAAUAUGUGGGAUGUCUGCUCUCAAGACUCCAUUAGCCCAGGGAAGAGGAUUACUAUCUUACUUCUUGAUUUUUUGCUGUCCUGUUAAAAGUACUUUAGUUUUGGACACCUGUUGAUCAGUUGUGGAUAUAGCAGUCAAAAUUGACUGAGCUGGAUGGCUACAAAGUGAAUUGGUUGCGCUCCUCACUUGUUGGAAUUGUAGAAGAUCUUUCCUGGCAGCUACCUGAUUCAUAUUUAGGGCUGGAGAUUUUUAUGAAUGUGGAUCAAUUUAUAAUUGUCUACUAUCUCAAGAAAGAAGUCUGGGGGUUUGAGAGUUACAGUUUGUUUGGGACUACUUGCUUCCAGUGGAAUUAUUUUGUCUGGUCACUAAGAUUUUUUUUUUCUUGUGGUUCAUCUAAAUAUGAUUUGACACCCUUGCCCAUUAAGAAGGUGGAUUACCCCUGUAAGAGGGGCCAAAAUUGGGGAAGUUAUGUUCACAAUUCUCUCCCUAGAUUUAAUUGGGAUUAUAGGUCGUGUUUCCACAGUUGGAAAAGGGCUUCAGAUAACAGGGAGCGUGCUUAUGAACAUAGUGCCUAUGGACACCAUGAACGGGGGACGGGAACAUUUGAUCGGACAAGACAUUACGAUCAGGAUUACUAUAGAGACCCUCGCGAGCGGACUUUACAGCAUGGACUCUAUUAUGCUUCACGGAGUCGAAGUCCAAACCGCUUUGAUGCUCACGACCCCCGCUAUGAACCUAGGGCUCGGGAACAGUUCACACUGCCAAGUGUGGUACACAGGGACAUCUACAGGGAUGAUAUUCCCCGGGAAGUCCGAGGCAGAAGGCCAGAGCGGAAUUACCAGCACAGCAGGAGUCGCUCACCACAUUCAUCCCAGUCUAGAAAUCAGUCUCCUCAGAGACUGGCUAGCCAAGCGUCUAGACCUACCAGGUCCCCUAGUGGCAGCGGCUCAAGGAGUAGAUCCUCCAGUAGUGAAUCGAUCAGCAGCAGCAGUAGUACCAGCAGUGACAGCACUGAUUCCAGCAGCAGUUCCAGUGAUGACUCUCCUGCCCGGUCAGUACAAUCUGCAGCCGUCCCUGCACCUACUUCCCAGUUGCUUUCACCUCUUGAAAAAGAUGAGCCUCGUAAAAGUUUUGGGAUCAAAGUUCAGAAUCUUCCAGUUCGCUCUACAGAUACAAGUCUUAAAGAUGGCCUUUUCCAUGAAUUUAAGAAAUUUGGCAAGGUGACUUCAGUGCAGAUUCAUGGAACUUCAGAAGAGAGAUAUGGUCUGGUAUUCUUUCGGCAACAAGAGGACCAAGAGAAAGCACUGACUGCAUCAAAAGGCAAACUCUUCUUUGGCAUGCAGAUUGAAGUGACUGCGUGGAUUGGGCCAGAAACAGAAAGUGAAAAUGAAUUUCGCCCCUUGGAUGAAAGGAUAGAUGAGUUUCACCCCAAAGCAACAAGAACUCUUUUCAUUGGCAACCUUGAGAAAACCACUACGUAUCAUGACCUUCGAAACAUUUUCCAGCGCUUUGGAGAAAUUGUGGAUAUUGAUAUUAAGAAAGUUAACGGAGUUCCUCAGUAUGCGUUCUUACAAUACUGUGAUAUCGCCAGUGUUUGUAAAGCUAUUAAGAAGAUGGAUGGCGAGUACCUUGGAAAUAAUCGCCUCAAGCUGGGUUUUGGAAAGAGCAUGCCUACAAACUGUGUAUGGUUAGAUGGGCUUUCUUCAAACGUGUCGGAUCAGUACUUAACACGACAUUUCUGCCGAUAUGGGCCUGUGAUAAAGGUGGUAUUUGACCGUCUAAAAGGAAUGGCUCUUGUUCUCUACAAUGAAAUUGAAUAUGCACAAGCAGCUGUAAAAGAAACCAAGGGGAGGAAAAUCGGUGGGAAUAAAAUUAAGGUGGAUUUUGCAAAUCGAGAAAGUCAACUAGCAUUUUAUCACUGCAUGGAGAAAUCUGGGCAAGAUAUCAGAGACUUUUAUGAAAUGUUAACAGAAAGAAGAGAAGAACGAAGGGGAUCCUAUGAAUAUAAUCAAGAUAGGACAUAUUAUGAGAGUGUGCGGACUCCAGGAACAUAUCCUGAGGACUCCAGAAGGGACUAUCCAGCUAGGGGGAGAGAGUUUUACUCAGAAUGGGAAACAUAUCAAGGAGACUACUAUGAGUCACGAUAUUACGAUGAUCCACGGGAAUACAGAGAUUAUAGGAGUGAUCCUUACGAACAAGAUAUCCGGGAGUACAGUUACAGGCAAAGGGAACGAGAGAGAGAACGGGAAAGAUUUGAGACUGAGAGGGAUAGAGACCACGAAAGGAGGCCCAUUGAACGAAGUCAGAGUCCGGUGCAUUUGCGCCGUCCCCAGAGUCCUGGGGCAUCUCCCUCACAGUCAGAGAGGUUGCCAAGUGACUCUGAGAGGAGGCUGUAUAGCCGGUCCUCAGAGAGAAGCGGGAGCUGCAGCUCGCUCUCACCUCCACGGUACGAUAAACUGGACAAGGCUCGUUUGGAGCGCUACACAAAAAAUGAAAAGACAGAUAAAGAGCGAACUUUUGAUCCCGAGAGAGUGGAGAGAGAGAGACGUUUAAUACGGAAGGAAAAAGUGGAAAAGGACAAACCUGACAAGCAGAAGCGAAAAGGAAAAGUUCAUUCCCCCAGUUCUCAGUCUUCAGAAACAGACCAAGAAAAUGAGCGCGAACAGAGCCCUGAAAAAUCGAAGAGUUCUAAUAAACUGAGCAGAGAGAAAACUGACAAAGAAGGGAUAGCAAAAAACCGCCUGGAACUCAUGCCCUGUGUGGUUUUGACUCGUGUGAAAGAAAAAGAAGGAAAGCUCAUAGACCACCCUCCGCUAGAGAAGCUGAAGGCCAGGAUUGAUAAUGACACUGUUAAAUCUUCUGCCCUGGAUCAGAAAUUCCUGGCUUCUCAGACAGAGCCUGCCAAAUCAGAUUCGUCUAAAGCAGAAUCUGUCAGAGGGAAAGUGCCGAGGGAAAAGGCUCUCCCAAGCCACGUGGAAGUGGCUGAUAAGGAAGGCAGACCUAAGCUCAGGAAGCACCCCAAGCCGGAGCAAACUGCCGAGGGGCCUAGUGCUGUGGAACUGGAGAAGCUGGAAGCAAGAAAAAGGCGCUUUGCAGAUUCCAACUUGAAAGUAGAAAGGCAAAAACCAGAAGUCAAGAAAAGCAGUCCUGAGAAGGAAGAUGCUCGGGUUCUUUUAAAAAAGCAGGCUGAUGUAUCAUCUAGAGAUGUCAUUCUGCUAAGAGAAGGAGAAGCUGAAAGAAAACCCAUGAGAAAAGAAAUUCUUAAAAAAGAAUCUAAAAAAAUCAAGCUAGACAGACUUAGUACUGUCCCCAGCCCCAAAGACUGUCAGGAGCUUGCCAGUAUCUCUGGGCCUGGCUCAAGGCACAGCUCCGACCUACAGGCACGACUGGGAGAACCAGUAAGUGAAAGUGCAGAAAAUCAAGAAACUCAGUCAAAAAAACCCAUCACCUGCAAACCCCAGCCCAAACAGAUACCGCUGCUAGAUGACCAAGGAGCAGAAAAAGAAGACACCAGGAAACAUUGCUGUAGUCUUCGUGAUGAAACACCUGAGCGGAAGUCAGGCCAGGAGAAGCCACAUACUGCAAGCACUGAGGAAAAAAUUGGCAUUGACAUUGACCACACACAGAGUUACCGAAAACAGAUGGAACAGAGUCGUAGAAAACAGCAGAUGGAGAUGGAAAUAGCUAAGUCUGAGAAGUUCGGCAGUCCUAAGAAGGAUGUAGAUGAAUAUGAAAGACGGAGCCUUGUUCACGAGGUAGGCAAACCUCCUCAAGAUGUCACUGAUGACUCACCUCCCAGCAAAAAGAAAAGGUUGGAUCAUGUUGAUUUUGAUGUCUGCACCAAAAGAGAGAGGAAUUACCGAAGUUCACGACAAAUCAGUGAAGAUUCUGAAAGGACUGCCUGCUCUCCCAGUAUCCGCCAUGGUUCCUUCCAUGAUGAUGAUGAUCCCAUAGGCUCCCCUAGGCUAGUGUCAAUAAAAGGCUCUCCUAAGAUGGAUGAUAAAGGGCUUUCCUAUUCUAAUGCAACAGUGAGGGAAGAGUCCUUAAAGUUUAACCCUUAUGAUUCUAGCAGGAGAGAACAGAUAGCAGAUAUGGCCAAAAUAAAGUUAUCUGUUUUGAAUUCUGAAGAUGAAUUAAACCGUUGGGACUCUCAAAUGAAACAAGACGUGACUAGAUUUGAUGUGAGUUUCCCAAACAGCAUCAUUAAGAGAGAUAGUCUGCGGAAGAGAUCUAUACGAGAUCUGGAACCUGGUGAGGUGCCAUCUGAUUCUGAUGAAGACAUGGAGCACAAAUCCCACUCGCCCAGAGCCUCUGCGCUCUAUGAAAGUCCUCGGCUGUCUUUUUUAUUGAGAGACAGAGAAGACAAACUUCGUGAGCGAGACGAAAGGCUCUCUAGUUCUUUAGAAAGGAACAAAUUUUAUUCUUUUGCGUUGGAUAAGACAAUCACACCAGAUACUAAGGCUUUGCUUGAAAGAGCUAAAUCCCUCUCUUCAUCCCGAGAAGAAAAUUGGUCUUUUCUGGACUGGGACUCCCGAUUUGCCAACUUUCGCAACAACAAAGAUAAAGAAAAGGUUGACUCUGCUCCAAGACCGAUCCCAUCCUGGUACAUGAAGAAAAAGAAAAUCCGGACGGACUCUGAAGGAAAAAUGGAUGACAAAAAGGAUGAGCACAAGGAAGAGGAGCAGGAGCGGCAGGAACUGUUCGCCUCUCGUUUUCUACACAGCUCCAUCUUUGAACAGGACUCAAAGCGGCUGCAGCACCUGGAGAGGAAGGAUGAGGAGUCAGACUUCCCUUCCGGGAGGUUGUAUGGAAGACAGACAUCUGAUGGCGCGAACAGCACGAGUGACUCAGUGCAGGAGCCAGUGGUGCUUUUCCACAGCAGAUUCAUGGAGCUCACACGAAUGCAACAGAAGGAAAAGGAGAAAGACCAAAAAUCCAAAGAGCCCGAGAAACAGGACGAUACAGAGAAUCAUCCCAAGACCCCAGAAUCUGCCACGGAGACUAAGGAGGUAGAGCUGAGAACCCCCGUUUCAGCUGGGCCAACUAGCAUCUCGGCUGCAGCUCCAGAGCCUGCAUCAGUGGCCCCUGAGAAAACCAGCGAGAAAACAGCAGAGGUUCCUGUGGUGACUGAAGAGAAGACUGUAGAGUCAGUCCCUGUCACAGAAGAAGCAAAGCCCGUAUCUGAGCUGGCUCCUGUCUCUGUGGAGCAACCAGAGCUGUCGGACUUGCCCUCGGCACCUGACACCAGGGAAGAUGCCACUGCAGAGGCAGCUACUGUGGAAGAAAGUUCAGCCACUGACCCACUGCCUUACCUGGAUGCUAAGCCUCCAACUCCUGGGGCCUCAUUUUCCCAGGUAGAAAGCAGUGUGGAUCUUGAUCCUGAUAGUCCCCGGCCACCUUUAAGACCAGCUCAGAAGUCUGAGGACACCGAAGAGCCAAAAGUGGAAAAACCAGAUCCAGCUGCAAACACUGAACCUAAUGCCAGUCAAAAAGCUGAAGUCUCCCCUGAAGUCCAGCCCCCAGCUUCUGAAGAAGUAGAGGCCGGCCCUCCUGUUGUCACUAAAGAUAAGAAGACCACCAAAAGUAAGCGCUCCAAGACUCCAGGUCAGGCAGCUACAGCGAGUGUGGUGGAGAAGCCUGUUACAAGGAAGAGUGAGAGGAUAGACCGGGAAAAGCUGAAGCGGUCCAGCUCUCCUCGGGGAGAGGCUCAGAAGUUGUUAGAACUGAAGAUGGAGGCAGAGAAGAUUACAAGGACUGCUUCUAGAAACACUGUGGGGGACUCUGAGCACCCCGAGCCAAGCCUGCCUCUUAGCAGAACGAGGCGCCGGAAUGUCAGGAGCGUCUAUGCCACCAUGAGUGAUCAUGAAAGCCGCUCCCCUGCCAAAGAGCCUGCCGAACAGACCAGAGUGACCAGGAAGAGAUUGGAGAGAGAGCUGCAGGAGGCCGUGGCCGCUCCCACCACCCCUCGGAGGGGAAGGCCUCCCAAAACCCGGCGGCGCGCUGAGGACGACGACGACAAUGAGGCAAAGGAGCCAGCUGAAACGCCCAGGCCAGCUGAGGGAUGGCGGUCUCCACGCUCUCAGAAGUCGGUAACCACUGGUGGUCCCCAAGGAAAACGAGGGAAAAAUGAGCCGAAAGUUGCUGCUGCUGAAGUUGCUGUUGAUGCGAGUCCCCAGGUGAAUGUCAAAGAAAAUACCACUAAAUCCAAGGGUGAUAAAGAAGAAGCAGGGAGUGAACCAAAGCGUGAUAGAAAAGAAACCAGCACAGACAAACACACACCUGAGACUCCCCCAGCUGACAUAGUGGAGAAGAAAACAGCCCCUGAAAAAAACUGCAAAUCAAAGAGAGGACGUUCUCGUAACACUCGGUCAACAGUGGACAGAGCUGCACAUCUGAAGAGCCUGGACACAGCUAGCAGUCCCAGUGUGACCAUGGGGACUGCAGAACAGGCCACAGACAGAGAAGCUGAGGUUGUAGCUAUCUCCCCUGAGAAAAAUGAAAGUCUCCAGAAGGAAGGUGGGCCCUUAUUCCAACCAAAACAUGAUCCAGUCAGUCCUGACAAGGAAUCAGAGAAGGAAGAUGGGUCUGCUUCUCAGCCAUCACCAGAAGCUAAUCGGCUAGCCAAGCAGAUGGAGCUGGAGCAGGCUGUAGAGAACAUUGCCAAGUUCACUGAGCCCUCUGCCAAUGCAGCAUACAAGGCAGCAGCCACAGGUGCCCCUGAAGGCCACACCACCCAGGACAAGGACAAGCCUGCACCACAGGCAAGCGAGACUGAACUAGCUGCAGCCAUUGGUUCCAUCAUCAAUGAUAUUUCUGGAGAUCCAGAAAACUUCUCUGGCACUCCCACUUACCCUUCAGGAUCUCAAACAGAUCUGCAGCCCCCAGAGGAAGGACUGGAGCCUGAGACUCACGAGGCUGUGCCUGGAAUCCUAAAGACAGAGUCAGCUACAGAGUCUUCUGGGCCACCUGCUAGUAUCUCUAACCCUUCAACAGGCCCAGCAGAUACCAAGGAAGCCAGAGCAAACAGCAGUGAAACCUCACAAUCAGUCCAGGAAGUCAAAGGGCCUAAAGUGGAAGUCCCUCAUCCCCGUAAAGAGAAAGGGCGCCAGAAGACCACACGUUCACGCCGGAAACGGAAUGCAAACAAGAAGGCGGCGGCAGUGGCGGCGGCGGCAGCUGCUGCAGCUGCUGCUGCUGCUGCUGCUGCUGCUGCUGAUACUGCUGCUACUGCUGCUACUGAGACGCAUGCCUCUGAGGCUGAUCAGGUUCAAAUCAAGAGUCCUGCUACAAAUGAGGAGGCAACAGCACCACCUCCAGAACCUGUCCAGGAAGAAAAGCAGAGUGAAAGGCCCCACUGCACUCCUCCUCAGGCAUGUACUUCUGACCCAAGCAAGACUCCUCCUGCAGAGAGUUUGUCCCAAGAAAGCAGUGUGGAAGAAAACACUCCACCUAAAGCAGCUGCUGUCCCAGACCUUCCCCCACUUUCCCAGCCAGCACCAGUGGAGGACGAACCUCAAGCCAGGUUCAAGGUGCACUCGAUCAUUGAAAGUGAUCCAGUGACACCACCCAGUGACUCAAACAUACCCCCAUCCACUAUUCCUUUGGUGACUGUAGCCACGCUUCCAUCCCCUGUCACCUCUGCUGCAAUCCCACAACAGAACCCCACUACUAAAGUAACAGAGUGGAUCACAAGGCAGGAGGAGCCAUGUGCUCAGUCUACUCCAUCUCCAGCUCUUCCCCCUGACACAAAGGCCUCUGACAUGGAUACGAGCUCCAGUACGCUGAGGAAGAUCCUCAUGGACCCAAAGUAUGUGUCUGCUACAGGGAUUUCUUCCACAAGUGUCACCACAGCUAUCGCAGAGCCUGUGAGUGCUGCGCCUUGCCUACAUGAGGCACCUCCCCCUCCAGUUGAACCUAAACACCUUCCUUUAGAAGAAAAAAUAUCAGCUGCAGUCACAAAUGCCUCUGACACACAGACCUCAGAGGUUCCAGCAGCUACUGACAAAGAAAAGGUGGCCCCAGUCAUUGCCCCAAAGAUUACAUCUGUUAUUAGCCGAAUGCCUGUCAGCAUUGAUUUGGAGAAUUCACAAAAGAUAACUUUGGCAAAACCAGCUCCUCAGACCCUGACGGGCUUAGUGAGUGCCCUGACUGGCCUGGUGAAUGUCUCUCUGGUCCCAGUGAAUGCCCUGAAGGGCCCUGUGAAGGGCUCGGUGGCCACGCUGAAAGGUUUAGUGAGUACUCCUGCUGGGCCCAUGAAUGUUCUGAAGGGGCCCGUGAAUGUACUCACUGGGCCUGUGAAUGUCCUUACCACUCCAGUGAACGCCACGGUGGGCACAGUAAACACUGCCCCAGGAACAGUGAAUGCUACCCCGGGUGCAGUGAAUGCCACUGCAGGUGCAGUGACAGUCACAGCAGGUACAGUGGCAACUGCAUCUGGUGGUGUGACCGCCACAACAGGCACAGCAACCAUGACAGGAGCAGUGAUUGUGCCAUCAGCCAAGUGUAAACAGAGAUCAAGCAGUAAUGAAAACAGUCGAUUCCACCCUGGGUCCAUGUCAGUGAUCGAUGACCGUCCCACAGACACAGGCUCUGGUGCGGGCCUGCGCGUGAAUACUUCUGAAGGGGUCGUGCUCCUGAGUUACUCAGGCCAGAAGACAGAAGGUCCACAGCGGAUAAGUGCCAAGAUCAGCCAGAUCCCUCCAGCCAGUGCAAUGGACAUUGAAUUUCAGCAGUCGGUAUCUAAGUCCCAGGUCAAACCUGAUUCUGUCACACCAUCACAGCCUGCACCCAAAGGCCCUCAAGCCCCUUCAGCCUUUGCAAACGUGGCCACCCAUUCCACCCUGGUACUGACUGCUCAGACGUACAAUGCCUCUCCUGUGAUUUCAUCUGUGAAGGCAGACCGCCCAUCCUUGGAGAAGCCUGAGCCCAUUCACCUCUCUGUGUCUACACCUGUCACUCAAGGUGGUACAGUGAAGGUUCUCACCCAGGGCAUCAAUACACCUCCAGUGCUGGUCCAUAACCAGCUGGUCCUCACCCCAAGCAUAGUCACCACUAACAAAAAACUUGCUGACCCUGUCACUCUCAAAAUAGAGACCAAGGUCCUUCAGCCAGCUAACUUGGGAUCCACCCUCACUCCCCACCACCCUCCUGCUCUGCCCAGUAAAUUGCCUACAGAAGUGAACCACGUCCCUUCAGUUCCCAACACCCCAGCAGACCGAACAAUCUCUCACUUAACUGCCACAAAGUCAGACACACAUUCUCCUCGACCCAGUGGGCCAACUCCAUCUCCAUUCCCAAGGGCGUGCCAUCCCAGCAGCACCACGUCCACAGCGCUUUCCACCAAUGCCACUGUCAUGCUGGCUGCAGGCAUUCCAGUGCCCCAGUUCAUCUCCAGCAUACACCCAGAACAGUCUGUCAUCAUGCCACCUCACAGCAUCACCCAAACCGUAUCCCUUGGCCACUUGUCUCAGGGUGAGGUGAGAAUGAACACGCCCACAUUGCCUAGCAUUACCUACAGUAUACGACCAGAGACUCUUCACUCUCCUCGGGCCCCCUUGCAACCCCAGCAGAUAGAAGUGAGGGCCCCGCAACGCGUUAGUACACCUCAGCCUGCCACAGCCAGUGUGCCUGCUCUGGCGUCUCAGCACCCUCCUGAGGAAGAAGUGCACUACCACCUCCCUGUUGCUCGAGCCGCAGCCCCUGUGCAGUCAGAGGUGCUGGUCAUGCAGUCUGAGUACCGGCUGCACCCCUACACUGUGCCCCGGGACGUGAGGAUCAUGGUGCACCCACAUGUGACAGCAGUUAGUGAACAGCCCAGAGCCACAGAGGGGGUCGUGAAGGUGCCGCCACCCAGCAAAGCCCCUCAACAGCCAGUGAAAGAAGCUGCCAAGACACCAGAUGCCAAAGCAGCCCCUGCCCCUGCCCCUGCCCCUGCCCCUGCCCCUGCCCCACAUGGGGAGGCCCGGAUCCUCACAGUCACCCCCAGCAAUCAACUUCAAGGCCUGCCUCUAAGCCCACCUGUGGUGGUGACCCAUGGAGUGCAGAUUGUGCACUCCAGUGGGGAGCUGUUCCAGGAGUACAGGUAUGGUGACAUCCGCACCUACCAUGCUCCAGCCCAGCUCACACAUACACAGUUUCCUGUCACUUCCUCCAUCGGCUUGCCCUCCAGGACCAAGACUUCUGCUCAGGGCCCCCCUCCCGAAGGUGAGCCCUUGCAGCCCACUCAGCUUGCGCAGUCCACACAACCUGCCCAGCCAGUGCAGUCCAUUCAGCCUGGCACACCCACACCACCCUGCCAGUCUUCUCAACUCAGUCAACCUGGGCAGUCAACAAGUGGCAAGAUGUCUCAGGUCUCUCAAGAGGCAAAGGGAACCCAGACAGGAGGAGAGCAGCCUCGCCUUCCAGCUGUUCCUACAAACAGGCUGCCCGAGCCCCACACUCAGAUUCAGAGGGUGCAAGUGGAAACAGGCCAACCGGCUCUCCCUUCGCCUGUGUCAGUCUCCAUGAAGCCUGAUCUCCCAGUACCUCCUCCCACUCAGGCAGCCCCAAAGCAGCCACUGUUUGUCCCGACGACCUCAGGCCCAAGCACCCCACCAGGACUGGCUCUUCCACUCCCAGAAAACCAGCCAACCCCCAAACCAGAUUCUUCUCCACAUCUGACUUCUCAGAGACCCGUGGAUAUGGUGCAGCUUUUGAAGAAGUACCCCAUUGUGUGGCAGGGCCUGUUGGCCCUCAAGAAUGACACGGCUGCUGUGCAGCUCCACUUUGUCUCUGGCAACAAUGUUUUGGCCCAUCGGUCCCUACCCCUCUCUGAAGGAGGCCCACCACUGAGGAUUGCCCAGAGGAUGCGGCUGGAGGUCUCGCAACUGGAAGGGGUUGCCCGCAGAAUGACGGUGGAGACAGAUUACUGUCUGCUCCUGGCCCUGCCCUGUGGUCGUGACCAAGAAGAUGUAGUGAACCAGACUGAGUCCCUCAAGGCUGCCUUCAUCACUUACCUGCAGGCCAAGCAGGCAGCAGGGAUCAUCAAUGUACCCAACCCUGGCUCCAAUCAGCCCGCCUAUGUGCUGCAGAUCUUCCCACCCUGUGAGUUCUCUGAGAAUCACCUGUCGCGCCUGGCCCCUGACCUCCUUGCCAGCAUCUCCAACAUCUCUCCCCACCUCAUGAUUGUCAUUGCCUCUGUAUGAGGCUCUGAAUGAUCACCACCUUGGGGUAUUUUCCUGAGGCUCUGCGGCAAAAUGUGAACACCGGACAGAGCAGUGGACAACCCAGCCAGGCAAGAGGGGAAGCUACUGAGAGCAGACUCCUGGACGCCAGCCAGCUUCCCAUGCCCUCAUGCCUGCCCAGCUCCAUGGGACAGACCUCUUCUGGGUGGUGGUGCUUGCUGCCUUGUAUGUUUACAUGAAAUUUUCGCCCAGGACAGACCACCGACCCAUGGACUCACCAACACCUUAGGGGCUGGGUUUCUCUCUCCUCUUUUUGGAGAAAAGGAACAGGGCAGUGGAAUUCUUUUUUUUUUUUUUUUUGUUUUUAUUAAGAAACAGAACUGCCUUUGCACUAAAUUAGUGACUUGGACUUUUGCACAGUGAGGACAGGCUGUGACACUGGACAUUUUGGUGUACGUGGACAUUUAUCGUGGACUCUAAUGCAGGACUUGGGACUUCUGCUGAAACCUUGGGGUCAAGGAACAUUUCAUUGGGUUUUUUUAAUUUUUUUUUUUGUCCCACCUCUUCCCUUCCUCUGCUCAUUGGACAUGUCAUCCUUUCUUAAUUAUCCUGCUACCACCACCUUUGACUCACCAGAUGUACAGUUUACAAUCGAGUAAGAGUGAACAGAGAAGGAUUUCCCUGGUGGGAUAUGCAGAACUUGGGAUGUGUGUAUAUAUAAAUAUAUAUAAUAUAUAAAUAUAUAUAAUACUGGCGUAAAUCAAAUUUCCCUGACAUACAUUUUUUUUAAUCUGUGCCAAAAAUGUGUUUUCAAAGAAAAUCUUAUUUUCAUACUCAGACUUUGUACCGUCACUCAUUUGUAUAAGUGCGCUUCGUUACAGCACGGGUCCUGCUCACAACACGAAAGUGUCACACAGCACCUGUACAGAAAGACUGGCCAAUCCUUCCUGUGACCUGGACCUCUCCCUGACUUCCUAACACUUAUUAAUUUAUGAAACUGUUUUUCUCAGCGCAGUUUUGUUUUGUGUGUCCAUUGGAUUACAAAUUUUAUUAAAAAAUACAAAACACCUCAA